AUGCGUGCUGAUGUUUACAAGGAAGCUCAUGGACUUCUGGGACUUGGGACAGCACCAAUGCGUUUUAGAAGAAGAACGCUGCAUGAAACAAAAAUAAGGACUAAAUCAGGAUUAACUGAAAACAUGCUCUCUAACAAGCUACGCUUUGAUAGCAGGAUUAUAUCGAGAAAUGGUCGCGAUGCUUGUAGAGAGUUGAUUGGAUUUUUUUUUGCAUGCGACAGAUCCCUUACUGUGUACGAAUUUCGACAGUUUGGAAAUAAUAGAAGAAAUGCCUUGCCUUUCAUUCAGAAGGGAAUUUAUCAGCAUCAACGUGGACAAAAGAAGGGAAAAGCUUAUGAUAUUAGUGACUUCUAUAUUGGAGCUAACCUAACUUUCCGAAGUGUUAAUCAUAACCUUCCAGAAAGUGUUAAGCAGAACCCAGUUCUCACUCUUCGUGUGAUGAGCAUUGAUGAAGCAGCUAUGGAUUUUCUAAAAGCUUCUUCUAUGGAAUUCAAGCAAGAGCAUUCCAAGCAAGUAGUUGAUGACAGCAAAGUUUUCAAGAAGAUCCAAGGUAUGUUCAGAGAGACACUAAGUAAAAGAGGAGUUCGGGUUGUAACAGGCUUAGGAAAGUAUUUCCGACACGUAGACAAGAACAGAAAUGGUUUUCUCUCUCAGGCAGAUUUUAAAGAGGCUCUAAAAGUAUUCCAUUUGGAAAUACCUGAAGGGGACUUUGAAUCCUUAUGGCUUAUUCUUGAUGAUUGCAAGAGUGAUAAGGUUGACUAUGGAGAAUUUACUCGUGCCGUAUUUGGAGAAACAAAUGAGUAUCGAAAAGCAUUUGUAAGAAAAGCUUAUAUGAAACUAGAUUUCAACAAAACUGGGAGUGUGCCUAUGGUAGAUAUCAGAAAAUGUUACUGUGCAAAGAAACAUCCUCUAGUAUUGUCAGGCAAAGCUACUGAAGAAGAAAUUCAAUUGUCGUUUCUGGAAACAUUAGGAGAAUCCUGCAGCAAUCCCAAUGAAGUGGCCUAUUCUGAGUUCGAAGAUUACUAUGAAGGAUUAAGUGUUGGAAUCAUGGAUGAUGAUGAUUUUGUUAAUAUCUUAAGGAAUUCUUGGGGAAUUUAG